AUGCAGCUCGAUCGCUGGCUCGAGGCAGCUGGUGAAGCCUUGACAUUUUCAUGUACAGGAUAUUCGCGAGACCGAGAUCCAGAUGGUCUCUUCGGUAUUGACGAUACUGACCGAGAACAGCAUGUGCGCACAGAUCGAUCAGCAGUGGACCUCGACGGGCCUCCUUCGCGAUCUAACUCGCUUUCAAUACAGUUGGCGAUGCAACGAGAUGAUCAUCACGGCCGACGGUGGGCGACCAGCGCAGUCAUGAUGGCGGAGCAGAGUGCUGCAGGCGAUCAACACCGCCUCCCUCUGACAUACAGUGACGUCAGGUUCGACUUCGAAUCCGACUGA